AUGAAAGUUGUGGCCAUUUUAUACGGGGUCGAGGUGAAGGUCGGAGAAGUCGUGAAAAUGGGUUUUCUAGGAUCUAACAAAUUACCAGUACACAUGGGUCAAGUUGGUGUACUUAGUGAUAAGGGUACAGAGUUUCAUAUACAUGCAGAAGAAACAAAAGGUGUGAGUGCUGUCAUUGAAACUAAGAUACCAAUUAUAAUGUUAGAUAUACAUCUUCAACCUGGUAGUAGUUUUACUCAACAUGUACCUUUAUCUCAUACAGGAUUUUGUUAUGUUUGGAGAGGGGCAGGUUUUCUAGGAUCUAACAAAUUACCAGUACACAUGGGUCAAGUUGGUGUACUUAGUGAUAAGGGUACAGAGUUUCAUAUACAUGCAGAAGAAACAAAAGAUUGUCAUGCCUUAUUAAUUGCUGGAAAACCAAUUAAUGAACCAAUAGUUAAUUAUGGGCCUUUUGUUAUGAAUACUCAGGAAGAGAUAGAUCAGGCUAUAGAAGAUUAUAGAGCAGGAAAAUUAGGUCAGAUCCCAGGUGAAGCUGAGAGAGUAAGACAAACUGAGGCAGCACAAGCUUUAAACAAAAAAAAUAAAAACAAUUUAUAG